CCCCCGGAGCCAGAGCCAGAGCCGGGAGGCCCGGAGCCCGGCCUGCCGCCGCGGCCCGCGGAGGGAGCCGCAGCUGCCGUUGUCGCCGCCGCCAGGCCGCGCCCCGCCCCUGCCGCCGCCGCUGCAGCCGCUCCCCGGUGAGGCUCGCGCUCGAGCUGCCGGCCCCGCCGCCUGGGCCCCGGGCCCGGCCCCUUCCGCGCCGCCCGGGCGAUGAGAAGCUGCUUCUGCGUGAGACGGAGCCGGGACCCGCCACCGCCGCAGCCGCCGCCGCCGCCGCCGCCCCAGCGGGGAACAGAGCAAGCCACCAUGCCUGAAGUCAAAGACCUUUCGGAAGCCUUGCCAGAGACGUCAAUGGAUCCCAUCACAGGAGUCGGGGUGGUGGCUUCUCGGAACCGAGCCCCGACAGGCUAUGAUGUGGUCGCUCAGACAGCAGAUGGUGUGGACGCUGACCUCUGGAAAGACGGCUUAUUUAAAUCCAAGGUUACCCGAUACCUGUGCUUCACAAGAUCCUUUUCCAAAGAAAAUAGCCAUUUAGGGAACGUGUUAGUGGACAUGAAGCUCAUCGACAUCAAGGACACUCUGCCUGUCGGCUUCAUCCCGAUUCAGGAGACGGUGGACACACAGGAAGUGGCUUUUAGGAAGAAGAGGCUGUGCAUUAAAUUUAUCCCGCGGGAUUCAACUGAAGCGGCCAUUUGUGACAUUCGGAUCAUGGGCCGGACCAAGCAGGCCCCGCCUCAGUACACGUUCAUCGGGGAACUGAACAGCAUGGGGAUCUGGUAUCGAAUGGGCCGAGUACCACGAAAUCAUGAUUCAUCUCAACCCACAACGCCUUCCCCGUCAUCCGUCGCUUCCACCCCAGCCCCCAACCUUCCCAGGCACAUCUCUCUCACGCUCCCCGCUACCUUCCGGGGCAGGAACAGCACUCGGGCUGACUAUGAAUACCAGCACUCCAAUCUCUAUGCCAUCUCAGGAGAAGAAAAUCUCUCCAGGAAAGUCAGAAACAAACUUGAUACUUUAAUGCCAGCCAUGGCGUCCCUUGUCUAUCCAUCUCUUCCUGCCCUGACAACAAAACCGAGCACAAAGGAAAUGAGGAGAAGAGCAGGCAGAACCGAGCGGGCGCGGGUGGGGACUUGCUCGAGUAGUAGAUCUGUACAUCCUGAUGCAAAGGUGCGGGUGACAGGUGGCCAGGUUUGCUCUGUACACAACCAUGUGUGUGCUGUCAGGCGCUCACACGCCGCCUUGUUGCGAUUGAUGAAUUGCCUGCUUUCUUGAUUAAACCUUCCGUCACUUAAGAAACAAAAAGCCUGUGUUUAGAUGGCAGAGUGGGACACGUCAAAAAAAUCUGUCUCCUUUACCUUUGUGCAGAUGUUGGGCACAGACUGUAACAUGUAUUAUUAAAAUGAAUGUGGCAUUUACUGUGCAUUAUUCCUUUCCUGGGAGAAAGGACUGUAAAUUAUAUGCUAAUAAUAAGCUUUAACCCUUUCGAAAUGCAAAAGAUUUAAGAGUGCAAAUAUUCAUGUAGGCCCGGCUAAUUGGACGUGCCUUCAUACACCCAGCCGUGGUUGCCGUGUCACCGGAGUUAAUGAACAGCGUGUGCGGGCAGACACGCAGGGCGCUUGGGGAGCUCUCGCUUCCUGGAGGGGCUCCGCUCUGCAGGCGCCUCUGCUAGGAUUUUGCAGAGAGAGACCCCGAAACCCCUGGGCUGGGCUCUGGGUCACCCUUCUGACAGAUGAGGGCCAGAGCCUUGUCCAGUUCCCCCGGCCCAUCUUCUGGACCCGAGCGUCAGGCGUGGUCCUCUGUGCUCUGUGUCCCUGACUCUGGGGCCAGCUGGGCUCGGGCCUGGCAGGUACCUUUUUGGUACUCAAACUUCCUUGACCUGGCUUAUCAGUCCCCAGUCCAGUUGCCCAGGUGGCAGACUGACAUCCCCAAAGCACACCUCGUCAGAUCACGUUCACACCAGCCCCAGCCCACUGCCGACUGCAUUCAUGCGUACCUCACUUGCCCAGAGUGGGGGCUGUCGAUGGCCAGUCUCUCCCUGUGCGGUAUCUCUUCCUCCAGGCCCCCCAGCCCAGGUAGCUCCCGGUGUCCUCUCUCCAUUGUGUCUUUCUGUGCACCUGUCCCUGCCGGUCCUGUGGCCUGAUGGCCCCAGCGUCUCCUCUUCUGACCCAUCCUUGAAGGCCUGCUUCCACACUGCCUCUGCCAUGAGGCUUGUCUCAUUCCCUCCCAGUUGGGGUGCUGGUUUCCUCCCCCUCGGUUUUGUGUUGGAGCCAUUUCACCUGUGAGCACGCUCAGACAGCAGAGGCUGUGUUUAGAAGAGAGGACGGAGGCUGUCUUCACUCCUUUUUGAGUCAUUGAGGAUGUUAUUAAAGGCAGAGAGAGAAGAACAACUGUUCACUUCUCUUUUCAUUCAGCAGACAGCGCUGCCGUGUGCCAGGCCCCGUGUUCCCACUUCCAGGGCAGUGGGAAGGUUCAGCAUGUGACUGACGGGGCAUUUGGGGUCAGAAGCGCAUGCAGCCAUCGCACAGAGCUGCCGUGAAUGGCCACACAGGUUGUGUGCUGAACAACCCACACACAUGGUUCCCAGGUAGAGCUAUGCAAGGGCCCUGUGUUACGUGACCCUGGGCAAGUCACUCGAUGCUAGUUAGUCACCCCUCCCCGGUGGCUCAGAUGGUAAAGGAUCUGCCCACAAUGCAGGAGACCUGGGUUCGAGCUCUAGGUCAGGAAGCUUCCCCUGGAGAAGGGAAUGGCAGCCCACUGCAGUAUUCUUGCCUGGAGAAUCCCCAUGGACAGAGAAGCCUGACAGUUACAGUCCAUGGGGUCGCAAAGAGCCAGACAUGACUGAGUGACUAACACUUUCACUUUCGAGAUAAUGCAGUAACCGCCUGUUGCCUUCCCAGUUGUUAUGAGGGUCCAGGACGUGUGAGAGUAUUUCAUAAAUCGGGAAGCGCCUCCCCUGCCGGAGCCCAGAGGUUUGUUGAGAAUUAUCACCCAGGGCACACCUUCUCAGUCCCGCGCUCCGUUGUAUGAUUUUGUGCAUAAGAUUUCUUCUCAGCAGUCGGCGUGCUCUGAGUGCUCAGGGAAGACAUCUUCCUGGGGCUGGAGAAACUUGCAGUAAAGGCUCUGGCACAGCUCCGCUGGGCACCACCCAGAAAGGAGACGUCCUGUCACGCGUUGUCACUUAGACAUGGGCUGUUUUGCGUGGCCAGCGGCCCACAAGCCCUUUCUUGGGAAAGUGACGGGAUGCUGGUGUGGGGGCAGGAAGGGAAGACGCCUCUUGGCAGAGUGAGCCGGCAACCUCCAUAAAAUCUUGCAACGCACCUUUGGUUUUUCAGAGGAAAAGUGCUUGCAGCGGGGGGUUGGGUGUGCUGCUUUCGUCUCCAGGUUUUCAUUUCUGCUUUUCCUGUGCUCCCCCGGCAGGAGAAAGUUAAGACUUUUUCCAGUUUCGUCAUGGUGAAAAAUAAAAGUAUAAUGAGGUGACAGAUACUUGAGUGUUCUUAAAAGAUGGCCACCCCCCGCUGUGCCUUCAUUCUUCAUAUUUUUCUUUCACGUGUGGCAGAGAGUAGGCGGCGUUGGUUUAAUGGGCCACGUCCCCCUCCCUCUUAAAUCCUUGAGUGAGGCAGCUGAGAGGUGGUGGGAAGAUUCUGGGCAGGAGCCAGAAGGGUAGGUGCAGCGAAGUUUCUGCCACGGACCUGCCCAGUGACGUCAGGCACAGCACCAAGCCUUUCUGGACCUGAUGCCCCCGUCUCUCGACAUCAGUAAUUGCAAUCCUGUUAAUCAUUCAAUUGUAGCAAUAGUUCAGCUCAUGUUUUUUGGAAGCAUCCUCUGUGUCUGCCAUUGUCUGGCAUCUAGGGGAGCAGUGAUAACACCUCCAGGGGCUAGGGCCAUGUGGGAAGGAGCUUGUGUGGUUUUCACAUUGGGAUACCCGAGACGUUACCACCAAAUGCAAACUUACUGCCUCCACACUUCAGAGAAAUGCCAUCCAAACGCUGUCUUGACCAUAAAGGUCCCACACGUGGACAGAGAAAAACCAUCUCUCUGACACCUUUCUCUCUGCAUGUGUAUCUUCUUUGUGUAGUUUUUAAGCAGAAAUAUGUCUCCAUUUCCCAUCAUAGUUCGCUUCCUGGCAGGCAGCGUGACUGUGGUCCUUUCUGAAGGCCUAGCCAGAGAAAGGGCUACCCAGGUGGCGCUAGUGGUAAAGAACCCUCCCACCCAAGCAGGAAAAUGCAAGAGACCCAGGUUCCAUCCAUGGGUCAGGAAGAUCCCCUGGAGAAGGAAAUAGCAACCCACUCCAGUAUUCUCGCCUGGAGAAUCCCAUGGAUAGAGGAGCCUGCGGUCCAUAGGGUCGCCAAGAGUCAGACACGACUGAAGCGACUUAGCACGCAGCCAGAGAAAUGCUGAAAACAAAUAGAAGACACUCAAUCUCAGCGCUUCAUCUGCUCUUAGCACUUCUUCAGAGGUUUUCUCUGGGGUGAGUGAAGUCAUCGGGGUUACCAAACACUCCUGCCUAGGAGCAGCUUGUAUCAAACUAGCCUUUUGUUUCUCUUUAUACCUGUGUCUCUGUCUUGCAGUAACAGACUAUCAGCUGAGAGGGAAAAAAUGAUAUAAUUAAGGUAAGUUCUUUAAGCACAUUUCAGGAGCUGAAGUUGUUUUUGCUUUUAUUAAAAUGGAUCACUUUAAUUUAUUUUAAUAAAUCUAACCUUCCUCUAGACUUACCAUGUACAAAACUCUGUAGUAAGCCCUUUCCAUGCAUUUUAUUAUUUAAUCCCAGCAAAUCCUUAUCAAUAACCUUAUAGAAAACCUCUCAGGGUUUGUACUGUUA